AGUGUCAGCAGGAGUUCAGGAAUCUUCAGGACAAGGCACUUGCCUGAGCAUUGGACCAGCGACCACUUGGCUUCCCGGGAGGACACACAGCCAUCAUGGAACCCAAACCUCAGAAGAGUCCAGGUACCCGAGGGGUAUAAUCUCAGAAACAGAAAUCUUUUUAUUGAAAAUGCCCCACAGUUCCCUUUAAGCUAACCAGGAUACAGAACUUGGUGGUUUUUGUGCAAACAAUUUACAUUUUCUUAUGAAAAUGAAGUCUGCAAACAAGAUUACUUUAUUAAAUCACCACCUUCUCAGCUGUUCUUCUCUGUGACCUCUUGGAAAAAGCGGUUUUUCAUCCUGUCAAGGACUGGGGAAAAGAGCUUUAGUCUUUCUUAUUAUAAAGACCUUCAUCACCGAGGUUCCAUUGAAAUUGAUCAAAAUUCCAGUGUAGAAGUUGGCAUAAGUAACCAGGAAAAGAUGCAAUCUGUGCAGAAGAUGUUUAAAUGCCAUCCUGAUGAGGUCAUGUCCAUCAGAACCACUAACAGGGAAUACUUCCUCAUCGGCCAUGACAGGGAGAAGAUUAAAGACUGGGUCUCCUUCAUGUCAUCAUUUCUCCAGGAUAUAAAAGCAACACAUCAGAACACAGAGGAGGAACUCUCAUUGGGUAAUAAAAGAACUCUCUUCUACCCCAGCCCUCUCCUUGGCCCUCCCAGCACAUCGGAGGCUGUUGGUUCCAGCUCACCAAGAAAUGGUCUCCAGGACAUGCAUUUAAUAGAAAAAAGUUCUCCAGGAUUUAGGCAAGCUCAUCUACAAGAUUUAUCAGAAACCACUCAAGAUGUGAAGGAAGAGAAUUAUUAUCUUACUCCUCGAAGUGUUCUUUUAGAGUUGGAUAAUGUCAUUGCUUCCAGUGAUUCUGGUGAAUCCAUUGAAACUGAUGGUCCAGACCAGGUCUCUGGAAGAAUCGAGUGUCAUUAUGAGCCAAUGGAAUCCUAUUUUUUCAAAGAGACAUCCCAUGAGUCUGUGGAUAGCAGCAAAGAGGAACCCCAGACCCUUCCAGAGACCCAGGAUGGGGGCCUCCACCUGCAAGAACAAGGCUCAGGAAUUGAUUGGUGUCUUUCCCCUGCCGAUGUGGAAGCACAGACCACAAAUGACCAAAAGGGUAAUAUCCCUGAUGAAAGCCAAGUGGAGAAACUGAACAUUUUCCUUUCUCCUCCUGAUGUCAUCAACUAUCUUGCUCUCACAGAAGCCGCAGGACGGAUAUGUGUGUCUCAGUGGGAAGGCCCCCCACGUCUGGGAUGCAUAUUUUGCCACGGAGAUCAUCUUUUGGCGGUGAAUGGCCUGAAGCCCCAGAGCCUGGAUGAGGUCUCCUUAUUUCUCACCCGGUCCAUCCAGAAGGAGAAGUUAAAGCUUACCAUCGGCAGGAUCCCAAAUUCAGAGACAUUUCAUGCUGCGUGCUGUACGUGUCCCUCAAAACGCCAAAGUGCUGCACCUUCUCAGCUGGGUAAGCCUCGACUGGACAGGGCUCCCAAGAGGAGUCCGGCCAUUAAAAAGAGCCAGCAGAAAGGAGUUGGGGAGUAACGCACCCCAGACCCAUGGCAGUAGAACCAGGAUGGAGCCGGGACUGUCCAGCUCUGCCACCCGCUGCUGCUAUGUGAUAGGAGACAGUCGGCACGCCCCUCUGAAUUUCUGCAUCUGCAUCUUAACAAUGGGGAUGACUAUUCCCUGUCUGGUUAUUGCGUCAGAGAGGUUAAGAGGGUCACAUGACAUGAUUGGAGGACCUGGGGGAAAUGGAAGUCCUUAUUAUCUCAGCUAUUGUCCCAUGCACCACAGACACAGAUUGGGUCAGUCCCUCACGUAAUACAUGCCAUGUUCUGUGAGGAUGUGGUCCACACAAUUCCUUCUUUGUUAAAGGACACACAGUUGCAAAUUCUUACUGCAAGAAGGCAAGAUUGGCAAGGGAGAUGUGAUACGCGAUCAGGUUCCCAAACACCUCCUUCCCAAACACCUCCUUCUCAACACCUUCUCAAACACCCCCUUCCCAACACCUCCCCAAACACCCCCUUCCCAACACCUUCCCAAACACCUCCUUCCCAAACACCUCCUUCCCAAACACCUCCUUCCCAAACAAACACCUCCUUCCCAAACACCUCCUUCCCAAACAAACACCUCCUUCCCAAACAAACACCUCCUUCCCAAUACCUCCUUCCCAAACACCUCCUUCCCAAACAAACACCUAAUUCCCAAACACCGGCCUCUCCUCAACCCCACAAGCCAGAGUGCUGAGACAGAGUGGCCUUUUGGAUUCAAUAAGUAUCUUGUUCUCUUAAAGACCCAGCAACUAUUUAGAAGUUGCAGCAGUUUUAGGUCACAUGCAGUUAAGAUCAGCUUGCUCUACAAGCAAUAACAUCUCUACUUAGCACUUCAAGGUUGAAAGUUCUUCACUAAUGGAUCCAUUGACUAAUUGAUCCUGGAAGGUCAAAGGAAUAAAAUUCUUUUUUAUAAAUAGGAAAACAAAGGCAGAGAGCUAAAGCACUAAUCAAAAUGGGGAUUGUUAGAACAAAAACAGGCUUCAGAGAGAGGAUUUUAGCAUGCUGUUGUUUCAGAUGGUAGAAAUCAAGGCCCAGAGCGAUGAAAGGCAUACGCUCUUUGUUUCUCCAAGUUUCAUAACCGUUCAGUUGCAGAACCAAGAAUCUAAAACCAGCUCUGGGAAACAAAUGUCCUGUUGCCAGCCUCAUAUUUGGACUUGGAUUUGAAAAUACCUUCAGCACUUAGAAGAGACAUUCAAAUACAUUUCAUUUCCUCUUAUCCAGAUUGUUCAGAAAGUAUUAAAAAUUUUUCAUUUACAUGC